UUCUCUUUAGUUCAGGACAAUCAACAGGUGUGUCAAAAUGAAGUUGUUCUUAGCGCUAAUGGCCUUCGUGGCACUGUCCCAGGCUGCCCAGCUCCGCUAUCAAACUCCGAUUACUAUGCGUGAGGCUCAUGAUGCUGCGCAAAAAAGUCACGUUCGAAUCGUAAACGGAUUCCCAGCCUCGCCGGGACAAUUUCCGUAUCAGGUAUUCCUAAUUGGGUUCAUGCCCGGUGGCGGUGCUCUGGCCUGCGGAGGAUCCAUCAUUUCGAACUACUGGAUUCUGACGGCUGCCCAUUGCAUCGUUGGUGUAGAGCGUUUUGAGGUUUCCAUGGGAUCGAUUGCCCAUGCCUCGCCGGAAGUUCGCGGAUACUCGAAUAAUUUCAUUGUUCAUUACGCAUACAAUCCGAACAAUCUGAACAACGACAUUGGUUUGGUUCGUCUGAACGACCCAGUUGGUUACUCACAGAAUAUUCAACCCGUCAAUCUACCAAGCGGAGACCGUGCCGGUGAAAGCUUCGAGGGUUAUCGUGCUACGGUUUCCGGUUUCGGAGUUGCCAGUGAUGCUCCGGGAAGUGGAGUGUCACCGACCAAAAACUGGGUAAACAUCCGAAUCAUAUCUAACGGUCAGUGCCAGGGUGUUUACGGUCCGGAUGUUAUUGUUGGUUCGACGAUCUGCGGCUUAGGAGCCGACUUUGACAGCCAGAGCACUUGUAGCGGUGACUCCGGCGGUCCGCUGACUAUCGAUGAGCACGGAAGCACACAGAUCGGUGUGGUUUCGUUUGUAUCGUCCGCUGGAUGCACAUCCGGGCAUCCUUCGGGCUAUGUGCGUACCACGCAUUUCCGCGGAUGGAUAAAUGAGCAUACCGGUAUUUAAAAAGGCAAACUUGGAAGACUGAUGAAAUGAUGGAUAAUGAUAUAAAUGGAUGUCUCAUAAAAACAAUAA